AUGCCGCGGCUGUUCACUGACACCGGGCGUCAUGUUGCGCACAGAUAUUAUCGAGCACCCUGUGCAACUUCAAAGAGGUUCGUGGCCGUGCCUCAGCCGCCGACGAGCCCGUGUAAAGAUUCGGGAUAUUGGAUUUCUUUCUGUUGUGCAUGGAACGAGGUCUUGGCACGAAGGCCGCUGGCAAUGGUUGUGUUCUUCAAUGCCACCAGCACGAUGACAUGGUUGACUGCCUUGACCCUUCUGUCCUCGAGUGCCGAGAUUCAAAGAGUUUUGGCAGCUCCUGACUAUGCUGCUCUGUGGCGGCAUAAUAUGAAUUGUGCUCGGUUUCGCUUGUACGGCUAG